AUGGUCCGAACCAGGAAACAAAAAGGAACUCCACCGAAAAACAAUCCACCACCAACAUUAUCUGAAGCUCAGGUCACCAAUGACCUCGAUUCCUCGGGAUCUGAAAACUUCAUAACCUCGGACGACGACAUUGCAUCCACUCCCACAAACUCAAAAAGUAGUUACCAAGAAACCUCCAUUAACGAUACCGACACAUCAAACUCAAUUUAA